AUGCUGUUCUUAGGACGACAAUCUAGAGGUGAACCUCACGUAGCGAGGUGGUCGUUAUCGGGAGAAGAUAGCCUCGCUCCGAGAUAUUCCGUGCGUCGAACCUUGGACCAUUACUUCAGUGCGCGAGAGAAAGCCGCCAAGUUGGGGGGCUCCUGCGAAACUAUCUCCGAGCGAGUGGCGGCUGCGCGCGCUGGUGAGCGCACCAUGCUCGCUCGCAUCAAAGGCUUCUGGAAGGUGUGUCGAUAUGGAGACCUCUACAUGGUAUUGGCCGCUUUGGCGGCCCAGUCCAUCAAUAUAUCGGUGGGCUUCUGCCAGGGCUUCUCGGCGGUGCUGCUGCCCCAGUACACGCACGAAUAUCCGCUAAUUUCUUAUGAACAGAGCUCAUGGAUAGCAAGUCUGGGCGUGAUCUCAAAUCCCAUCGGCGCAUUGCUGGGUGGCAUGAUGGUCGACGCAGUGGGGCGAAAGCUACUGCUACAGUCUAUAGUUCUACCCAACCUCGUGGGCUGGCUGGUCAUUGCUUUCUCGGAGACUUACAUUUUCCUCUGCGUGGGAAGGUUCAUUACCGGAUUUACCAUCGGUAUGUCUACAGUGUCAUACAUUUACGUAGCGGAAAUAACAACCGCAGAGAAGAGAGGCGUUCUAGGCGCGUUGGGACCCGGUCUCGUGUCGACGGGAAUCUUCAUAGUGUACGCGCUGGGCUCGUUCGUCCAUUGGCGCAAAGUGGCCGCUAUUUGCGCCGCCGUCUCGCUCCUCACGCCCUUCCUCAUGUAUUUCGUACCCGAGUCACCGCUGUGGCUCGCAUCGAAAGGCCAAAUGAAAGAGGCUUACAACGCCAUGUUUUGGCUUCGGCAAAAUAACAACACGGCACAGCAAGAGCUCAUGGAGUUCACUAAGGAUCGAAAAAACGAUGAAACGCUCAGUGUACGGCAAAAGCUCGCCCUCUUCAAGCGCAAAAGUGUAUUGAAGCCGUUCGCCUUGCUCAUCAUGUUCUUUUUGUUCCAAGAGAUGUCCGGGAUAUACGUGAUACUGUACUACGCGGUGGACUUCUUCAAGUCGGUCGGAACUAGUGUAAAUGAGUUCACAGCGUCGAUAAUCGUCGGCGGAGUCCGCGUCUUUAUGGGAGCGGUGGGAGCGUGUCUUAUCAACAGCUUCAGAAGGAAAACGUUAGCCGCAACAUCGGGCUUGUUACUGGGCGUAACUAUGCUGGGUGCAGCAGUCUGCGAUAGUUUAGAGGGACCACCGCUGCUAAAAUUGGCCUGUGUGCUGUUGCACGUGUCAUUUAGUAUGGUGGGUUUCCUUCAAUUACCGUGGAUAAUGUCCGGAGAGCUAUACCCACAGGACAUUCGAGGUGUGAUGUCCGGUGCCACUUCGUGCUGCGCUUACGUACUCAUCUUCUUCAACAUAAAAACAUACCCACAGCUAGAGUAUUACGUUACGAGCAACGGAACUCUUUAUCUUUUCGGCAUCUGUGCCCUACUAGGGGCCGCCUACUGUUUCCUUUUCCUACCGGAGACAAAAGGAAAAAGUUUGACGGAAAUUAUGAGGCAAUUCAACGAAGAGAAGCGAGAAGCGGAUCCCGAACAAGGUUUUGACAAAAAGGAGCCGACCGAGAGCAAAACAGUCCAGAGACGGCACAGCGCCGGGGCUGCUGUCUCUCUCGACAAGAGCAGUAAUUUGUUGGAUGGCCAAUGGUCUCGGAGCCAAGACAAGACAGUGGACUAA